AUGGAGCUGACUCUCUUCAUGGGCAACAACGGCAGCGGCAACAGCUCCAAAGCCGGACCAACUCGCCGUCGCAAAAUCACGACCUGCAGAUCGUGCACCAUCCGUCGCGUAAAAUGUGACCGCCAGCGUCCAGAGUGCUCGACCUGCAGACAGCGCGGCGAUAAAUGUGAAUACUUCCAGCAGCCAAGUAAGCGCGAGGUGCAUCAACUCUCCGGCGACAGCAGCACGAGCAGCAGCAUCAGUAGACCUGUUGCUGACGACAGCCAAAAAAGCGGGUCGGACAGUAUCUCAAAAUCUAAACGGAAGAAAACGGCGAACGAGGACGCGGCAGCCAGCGCAGGAACAGAUACAGGCAUGCUGGCUGUAAAUCCCGAGACCGGUGUUGCGCGCUUCGCGACCCCAGCUUUCUGGCCUCAUUUUUUCCCAGACAUUCAAAAAGCCCAAGUUUUACGAGAAAGCGACCCCUUCGGCGUACGCCGCAGCCGCGAGAGUAGUGAAUUUGUGCUGCUUCGCGAGCAGUUGCUUGCAUCGUAUCUUCCUGAACGAGCAACAUGCGACUCGGUUUUUGAAUUUUACUGUGAUUGGAUUCUACCAUUUAGCCCGAUUAUCGCGCGACGGGAUCUAAAAGCUCUGUACGCAUCUUUUUGGCGGCAGCGGGAGCAGCAGCAGCAGCAGCAACAGCAAGCGCGACCACAACAGCAAGCACAACAGCAAGCGCAACAACAACAACCAGAGACAAAACAAGUUCACCCCCAUUUCUUCGCAGUGGUAUUCGCAACGCUCUACUGUGGCUCAUUAGCCUUGAGUGCGAAAAUGAGAUAUGUCCGCGGCGCACCGCGACUGCUAGACUACGACCCUCUCGAGGCCGAGAUAGCGGUCUACCUACGCGCGAGCGAGUCCGCUCUUCAGAUCUGCGAGUUUGCUAAACGACCCUCUUUAAUUUCGCUCUUGGCAGAGGUCUGUUUGCAAACCUGCCGACCGGCCGAGACGGACACGUCGGCGACGUGUCUGAUCUCGCUGUUGAUUCGGGCGGCGCAGACCAUGGGCUUACAUCGGGAUCCGGAGCUGUUCAAGGCGAGCAUGAGUGAGUCAGACAUGCGGCUAAGGCGGAAUAUCUGGUACAAUCUCAAAUAUCUUGACCUGGUGACGGCGUUUAUCUGCGGUCUUCCGCCAACGCUGAAGGAUCGUGCUAACGACGUGGCGCCGCCGAAGAUUGGAGAUAUGCUGGACGAGGACGCAAUUUUUAUGCUUGCAUCAUUAUCUGUCCAGUACUCGAUCUGCUCGCGAAAUGAGAUUACCGAGUAUUUCGAGCGCUCUAAAUCGUCUGAGGAGCGCUUAGAGGCAGUUCUAAACCAGAUGAAGCUGUCAUCGGAGCAGCAUCUUGAGCACGUGCGGAAGGCCUCCUCGCUCACUUUCUCGGAGCGUUCGGAGGAGGCGGAUAUAGACCGCCUGCGCUGGUUGAAGGAGUACAUGAUAUAUAUUACGACGACUGUGCAUGAGAAGACGAAGCUGCUGUUGCUGAACUAUCAAUACCGACUCAAGUGCGCGUCGUUGAACGUACCACAGACCGCACCGUCAGAAGAUCCGGAAGCUGCGUCGAUCUGGGAGCAAUCAGUGCUGUCGGGUCUACGUGUGCUCAAGUUCUGCAACUGCAAGACCUCGGAGAUGGCACACCCAGAGGUGAUCUGGUACGAGACGAACUACCCGCAAUUCCACUCCAUAAUCACUGUUUUGAAGGAUGUAUGCUACAAUCCGCACCGCAAGCUCUGGGUCACGUACGACGAAGUCCUGGAGUGCGCGGGGAUGCCCCGAGAGAGGUUCGUUGAAAAUAUCGAUGAGCGACUUGAGAGUGCGCGAGAAUGUAUGCAAAACUCGAUAAUGCUGGGAUUUAACGACGACAGCGAUUUUUCAAAGUCGCAAUGGAAAAAACUCGAGGAUUUAUACGCUAUGGCGCAGCGGGCACUAGAGAGCAGUAGCGAGAUGUCGAGAACGAGCGCGAGCGCUACAGCCGGUUUCGUGUCUUCAGAUGCCCGUACCGCGAGCGAGUCCACCGCCGCGUCGAGCCUAUCGAUUUCGACGCCGGAGCGAAUAUCCAGCUGGCCAGCAGCCUUCGGUGGGAUUGCGCAAGACGGCGCGCCCGAGCCACGCUAUGAUUUGGCAAACUACUGGAACGACGUGGAGACUAUGCUGGCGUCGGUUCUAGACAGCGAGGAUCGCCGGACUGGGUUGAUAGACGAGUCGCCGUUUGUGGGGAUGGAGCAGUUCUUUGCGGACGGAAGGUAUAACGACAGCAUGUAUACCUGA